AUGCGCCUUCGAAUAGCUCCUCGUGUGACGGGUCGUCUAAAGAAUAUUAUCACUGCCUUCCAGCAGCACAAGGAUUAUCAAUUAACAUUUAAACAGCUUAUCAGUGAGGAUGUUAGCAUUAAGCAGCAUUGGAAAAACGAUCUUCGCUUCCGUGAUCAUGUAGGCAAUCGCUAUGCCUCUGAGGGUCACAUUGGAGGGGCAAUUCUUUCGACUAAAAGUUGGCCAAAAGGCUCGAGAAUAGAUUCUCUUAUUGGAUGUAUUGCUGAGCUUAACUAUGAGGACGAGGUGUCUUUCCUCCGGCACAAAGAGAACGACUUUUCUGUGAUGUACUCCUCUAGGAAAAACAAAUCUCAGUUAUGGCUGGGUCCCGCCGCUUACGUGAAUCACGACUGCCGGCCAAAUUGCGCCUUCACUAUCAACUGCGAUGGCGACGAUCGGAUGAGCCUCACUGCCACCACAGAUAUUAAAAGUGGAGAUGAGAUAUACAUCUACUACGGUAAACACUUCUUCGACACCAAUAACGCCAGCUGCGAAUGUUUCACAUGUGAACUCCUCGAGAGGGGUUCUUUUUCCACCGGGCGUGUGGGUCCAAUCACAGCAGCACCUGCAUCUGCAGCAGCUCCGUUCUCUUCAGCAGAGUACCUCAGUUCAUCCACAACGUCGUCGACGUAUUCGUUAUCGCUGCCUUCCUCUCGGGGUGGGAAGAAAUCGGCCUGCGCACUGCAGGAAGACGGGCUAGUGGCUGCCAUCAAGGAGCGCCUUAGACGGGCUCCACUUGCUCACCGCACUGCACUCCCCAACCUUCGCAAUCGAAGCACUGCAGUGACUACCGCCCCAUCGACAUCUGCACCCACAUGUGCCGCGAUAGCCGAGCCGACAGCAGCGGCCGCGAUGAGCGGUCUCCUUGUGAAGGGUCUUUCCACGGGUCUGGCACGGAAUGUCGUCAACACUGCUGUCUACAGUCUACGCCACACUAAUUCGCGGCUGACCCGUGUGAAAGCGAAAAUCUACUCGGCGAUGCUUUCAUCUCUCAACCAGUCACCACCCCAGCAGCAGCAAGGGGGGGAAGAUCAGUCUCAAUCAAGUCACCAGACUUUCCAAGAGGGCAUUGUUUUGAGACCUAGAAAAUCGGCACCCCUUGCUACUUCCACUGGGGUAGCAUCCUCUACCCAGACUAAAAUGGCCUUGGGAGGCAGGAUGAAUAGCCGUACUGUGAUGCAACCUGGGCGAAUCGAUGUGGUGAAGAGACGGCGAUGCCUGCAGAGAGGCACUUCGACAACGGCAGUGCCAGUGGCGGUGCCGACUAACAAAGUGGAGCCUUCUCUCCACAAUCCCCCGAUACCACUUCGUCUUUCUCACAUACCUUUGCCUCCUCCUGCUCCCUCCUCCCCCUCCUCGUCAUCCACGUCGACCAUCGCUGCAACAGAAGCCGACGAGGCUCUCGCAGUGCAGAUGCCACCUCGAAGCCGAUCUCGUCUCAAAACCCGUCGAUUUAGAACUGUCUCCACUACCACCACUUCCGCUCCCUCUACCUACUUUCUCCGUCGCUCCGCCUGCCCUAAACCACCAGCCGAGCCCAUGCUCAUCGACCUGUCGGUGGAAUCAACCUCCACUUGUUCCUCCCUCAGCACUUGUCCCGCCGUCUCUGCUACUCCUCGGCUCGUUAUCGUUCGUAAGCAGUCUCGUCAAGAGGAGGUAGAAGGGGCACAGGACAUGUGGUUUGUCAAAGACUGCGACGACAGUGACGGUAAUGGUGAUAUAACGGAGCACAAACCAACCCCCACUCCACCCAUCCUUCAUACCUCUGGGGGAGGUGGACGAGGAUGGACGACUUCGGCCUCCUCUGUGGUCAACACCCCUUCUCCACCCCACCUGCAAGCUGUUUCGCCCACUCCACCGAUACUACAACGCGCGGAGGACCGAAUGCUUUUCUCCUUCUAUGGGUCCACUGCGGCGAGUGCAGCCCCGGCUCUGGACUCCGACGGGGUCUCAGACAGCGGAAGCUCGCCGGGUACGGCGAAACCGUUGACAGUAAGGAUUAAGCGGAUGGGACGGAGACUGUACUGUGUGCCGCCAGAGUCGGCUACAAUCAGUCGGCAGCGAGAUACUAUUUGA